AUGAAUAAAAACCUGCUCUCAGUGGUGCAAUUGACAUCAAUAGGCUACUAUGUCUUGUUCGAUCCACAAGCUGUGAAGGUGUAUCGUGACCUCAAAAUCUCAAAAAAGCUGACGAUGGAAGGACAACGAUUGGAAUUAGUUUACGUGAUGUCAAUAGAGUCUGCAUAUGUUGAUAAGACAAGAAGGAACGAGAUAGUAGAUUUAUGGCACAUGCGAUUGCGUCAUGUUAGCUUUUCUAAGCUAAACAUGAUGAUGAAGAAAUCAAUGCUUAAUGGUCUUCCUCAGCUUGAUGUGAGAACAGAUACGGUAUGUGUAAGAUGCCAGUAUGGUAAAGCACAUCAAUUACCAUAUGAGGAAUCGAAGUUUAAAGCAAAGGAACUACUAGAGUUAGUACACUCUGAUAUGUUCGGACCUGUCAAGCAACAAUCAGUUGGUGGAAUGCAGUACAUGGUGACAUUCAUUAAUGACUUCUCCAGAGCUGCAGUGAGCUAUAAGAGCUCAAAGUUAAAUAUUGUAGCAGAUUCUAUGAUUGAUGCUAAGUAUAACGCAUUGUUUAAUGCAGCCGUAUAG